ACGGGUUCGGUAGUCAGCCAACUACUCAGUACUGUGCGACUUCGCUUAACUAGAUUAGCGCCGCGCAACAAAUCCGAGUGACAGCGCAACCGACUGACACAGCUGACGCGCGUAACGUCAGAGCGCGCGUUCAACCCUUCGCAUUACGCGUGAGUGUGACUGCGUUUUAGUUGUGUUUGAGUGGGGUGUGCGUGACAGACAUCAGAAGAAGAAGAAGAAGAAGACAGCAGAGCAACCCCACCGCGGCUAUUCUGCCCCUCUGUUGAUACGCACUGCAGAUGAAGACGCGACGCGAAAUCAGUAACAGUCGAUUGGCUGCCAUCAGAGUUACAAGUACUUAAACGCCGUCAAGCGGACGGAAGCCAAAGGUCGAUCGGUCGUCACUAAUAAAUCGUCGCUAAAUACUUCCGUGUACGCGUAUAGCUGACCGUUGUCUCCAGUGUCGCAUGACUUUAGGCACCGGUGUCGAGUGCAAGGAAUAAAAGUGUUUGCACAGCGUCAGCAAGCGUCAUUACAACAAGUGAACGCAUAGUGUACAGAACAGUCUGCUGAGCACGUUGGGAACUUUGAAUCAUAGUUAAGUGAAGAAUAACUGGGUUAACGAACGCGCCUUUACUCGCGUGUGUUGUGAAUACAAAAAUUUUUGUCGAGAAACCUUAUUAAAGUAUUUAAUAAAAAAAUAAAUAGUUUAAGUGUUUAAAGUGCUGCCAAAGCCCUCCGGCAAAAUGGUGAUGCUGCAGUCACCAGCCAAAAACUCCGACGCUUUGCCAGCUCAUGCCGUCGGCGGCCAACUGAGUCCCAACUCCAAUCAUUCGCCUAAAUCGAACACUUCACCGGAGACGCCCACGUCAACCACGUCUAGCGCCUCGCUAACGCCAAAGAUACCCAAAUUCAUUAUAAGCCAACAAUCUCUAGCAACCGCUAAUAAUAGCGGUACCUCAACCACCGCCGCCGGGAAAUCGUCCAACGCCAAUAGCGACAGCCUGCGCUACUCGCUCGAGCGUCUAAAGCAGAUGACAGAGUUGAAUGUUGUGAAUCGCCUAAGUCCCACUGCAACGACCGCCGAUUCACCUGAACACGCCGAUGCGGAAAAGUGCAAUAAUAAUAAUAGUAACAGUGUGAACAACAAUAACAACACUUAUACUAACGGCCCCACAGGCAACAGCAACGGCGGCAACAACAACUGUAAUACCAACAGCCGUCCCUCCCUUACACCGCCAGCCACAUUCCCCAGUCCGCCACAACGUAAGCUGCUUGAGUUUAACGAUGUGCCCGGCCAAUUAACGCGCCCAGAGCCUUUGCCUCAUCCGCAUGCCGCUCUCUUGCAGCAACAUCCACAUUUGCUACAAAAUCCGCAAUUCAUCGCCGCCGCCGCCGCUGCCCAACAUCAGCAUCAACAUAAUCACAAUCUUCAGCAGCAUCAUCAACACCAACACCAGCAUCACCAUCUCCACCAACAACCGCCAACGAACCAUCCGCAUUCGCAUCCCCACCAUCCAUUAGCAGAUUUCCAUCCAAUGCGUCCAUCGCUGUCCACUAUGGUUGGUUUGACGCCACCACCGCCAUCGUCGCAAACUUCGAAUUUACAUCUGCAUCUGCCAUCGCCCGCCAGCUCGCCGCUUUCGCCACCCACAUCACCGCUUCAAGCACAACAUUCCGAACAGCCGCAAACAACACCGCAACCGCUGUCACCCGUGCAGCCACAACAUCAGCACCAGCACCAACACCAACACCAGCAGCCACAUUCCACAUCUACGUCCUUGUCUUCCGUCUCGUCGAAUGUUGCACUUUCGCCCCAACAACAUCAUCUGCUGUCAACGCCACCCUCAUCAAUAUUGCUCAGUGCUCCGCAUACCCUUCCACAUGCCGCCCAAUUGGCCAAUUGUAGUCCCUCAUCAACACUUACGGCGACGCAUGAUAUGGAUCUGGAAAGGAUUAAGCUGGUCGCUGCGCAGGCAGUGGCUGCCCGGUCUACCGUAACAUUGGGCUCAGCUGCUAAUGCGUCUAGUACCUCGUCUGCUGCCGCUGCCGCCUCUAUGGCCGCAGCGGCAUCCGGCCUGUGUUUGUCAUCGUCAAAUCCGCGUCCAGACCUUAGCGACUAUGGUUUUCGAAUACAGUUGGGUGGGUUGGCGGCGGCGGCCGCUGCAGCUGCAGCCACUUCACGACAAAUAGCGGCGGCAAAUUAUGCACGCAGUGAUACGAGCGAAGAGUUGAAUGUGGAUGGCAACGAUGAGGACAGCAACAAUGGGUCAGAUAGCACGCCAACGGCUUGCCCUGUUGAUCUGACACGAUCGGUGCCGACAUCCGCCUCAACAACUUCCUCAACGACCAAUGCUUCAACGGAAAAAGAAGCCACAAAGCGGCUAGCUUUUUCAGUUGAGAAUAUUUUGGAUCCCAAUAAAUUUACUGGGCGAAUUGGACCUUCGGGACAUUAUGGUGGACGCGGUUGGGGUUCAAGUAGUAGCAAUGCCGAUCGAGAUGAUGAUAUGCACGACGAUGAACACAGUGAAGAUAUGUCAGCUCACGACCUCAAUGACAUGGAUCAGGAUGACAUGUGCGAUGAUGGCAUGAGCAGCGACAUUGAUGACCAUGCCAGCGAAACGGAUUCGAAGAAGGGUGGCAGUCGAAAUGGUGAUGGCAAAUCCCAAGGCGGCAGUGGUGGCGGCUCAAAACCGCGGCGCGCGCGUACCGCUUUUACCUAUGAACAGUUGGUAUCGCUGGAGAAUAAAUUCAAGACUACACGGUACUUGAGCGUUUGCGAGCGACUAAAUUUGGCGCUGAGUCUCAGUCUCACCGAAACACAGGUCAAAAUCUGGUUUCAAAAUCGACGCACCAAAUGGAAGAAACAAAAUCCCGGCAUGGAUGUGAAUAGUCCGACGAUUCCUCCACCACCGGGGGCGGGUGGUUUCGGACCCGGCGCCUAUGCCAGCAGCUUGCUUUAUUCACACGCUGUGCCCUAUCCACCCUAUGGACCUUACUUUCAUCCGGCACUGGGUGCACAUCACCUAAGUCAUUCGCAUUCAUAAAAUUGCAAGAUGCAACAACGACUGUUGCAAAUAUUAGAAAUGCGAAAAUAUCAAAAGCGUGAGGAGCACAAAACGGACAACGAGACAAGGCUGGACAAAUAAGGUAGAAAUGAGGGUGCAUAUGGAAGGAAUUGUAAAAACUAAUGAGAAAUCUGUUAUGAUUUUUGAAAAGAAGUGGCCGCGUUGCAGCGCAACUGAAACGAAACAAUGAUUUAUGAGCCAUUAUCACUGUUGGAGUUUCGAAUUUUUAUUGCUUGUGAAUAACUUAUCAAACCAAAAUUGCAUAGUGGAAGUUUUUUGGCUUUAAAGGCUUAAAAAUUUGGUCCAUUAUUGUUUUUCACACACACACACACCACAUAAAUGCUGCAAUUGUAUAUUUUCACAAUAAAUUUUUAUUUUAUUUUAUUUUUUGUAUUUCCAUGAAAACCAUGAAGUGAAAUUUCAAAGUUUCGAAUACAUACAUAAAUAGUUAAUUAAUUCUAGGUAUAGACAAGUGUGCAAUGAAUAUGAAUGAAUGGUGAAUAUAGUAAUUGAAUAUAUGUAUGAACGUAUGUCUGCAUGUAAAAUUAAGAAAUUAUCAUGUAUUUAUGUAGAUAUGUAUGUAUUUAAAAUCUUAAGUUUACUAUUAGCACUGCUAAUUCUGCUUUUAUUCUUAGGCUUGCAAACAAAAACCAAAAUAUGAGUAAAUUUAAUGACUGCUAUUAUUUCAAAACU